GAGAUGCACCUGUAUGUUCAUAUUAAACUUAAAGAUUGGGAUGGGCGCAUUAACAGUUCCGUUUAAUGUUUCUCGUUUGUUCAUAUUCCUUAAUGCACAGGUGCAUCUCUAUCAUCAUCAUCCUCGGUAUCUGAUGACACUAUCAUUCUGAACUUCACGAUGUGUGACCCUCCUGAAGAAGCAGCCGCUGCCGAAGGAAGUCAGCCUAAAAGGCCAUGCCAUAUAAACUAUGAGGCAAAAACGGUGGGUAGUGGACAUUAAGUCUAAUCUGGAUGCGGUUCUAUUUGAUGUGGAGUGGUUUUAUGUAAUCAUUUUCUUGUCUUAUUUAUUGUUUCAAAUUUUCUGAUUUCAUAUUUUAUUUCAAUUUAAGUUAAUUGGAAAUAUCUUAACAACAAAGCCCAGCGGUGAACACAUCAUGCAAGAGUAUGCAAAAACCAAAUCUCUGACAGAUGCAACUAGAAGAAAGAUGAUAAACAUACUUGCUGCUGAGAUGACAGAAACACAUGGGACACCAUAAGAGUGAUGUAUGCACAGGGGAUAGUUGCGCUGUUUCCAUAUCUGGAAGACCCAUAUUCACAACAUGGAUAUGAGCAUUACUUCGAUCCAGAAAGCAGUUCGGGAUACCUUGCAUGGCGGUUGAAGACCAUUCAAAGAAAAACUGCACAGGAAAGAAGUGUCUCAGUUAGCAAAUCUGCCAAAGUUGGUGGGCCAGGCCAUGGUCGUUCCAGACCCUUCACCGCUGACACGGUGUUAUCAAAUGAGGAUGUGGAAGCAGCUAUUUCCAUUUUGAGACACUCUGCUGAUGAAGACACUAUCCGUGAGAUAGUGAUGAAAGCUACCUUCAUGUAUCGUCAUUCAAUGGUCAAAGAUGAAAAGAAAGCAGCAGAUAUCUUCUCGCAGUUUCUGGACACACCAGGACUGAUAGAACAAGAUUUCAGACACCUUUUUGGUGAGGUCGCUGCCAACAAAUUCUUGGAGAAGUGGAAUCGUCACACUGACGACUCGCAUGUUGACAUUUCACACGUGUUUUACACCGGAUGCCCUUCCUGACACAACCUAGACUCAAACCUGGGCCGCAGCGGCGAGAGCGCUUCGCCUUAACCGCUACCCUACCAGGGACGGUAUAUACAGACAUUAUAUACCUGUGGAAAAACUGAUUAUAUCUUUUUUUUUUAUGCAGUAAAAUUAGAAAGCCAGCUGUCUGGUUUUACA